CACUGUAAACAUGAAUAAUGCACAGAGGGCAGCAGUGUGUGAAUAAGGAAGUGGCACUGAAGUGACUCGAUCUCAAAGUGUUUCGGAAAGAUAUGACUGGGCUGUCCUGCCGUAAGACAUACACCCAAACUGAGUAAAAACUUUAAAACCGACCCUCUCUGUUACUAAGAGGACGUGAAAAGUGCAUGUAAAUUGAACGGGCAUAUCAGACUUAAACAGACGAACAGACUUGCACCAUCUGCAAGAAUGAGAUUCAUUGCACUUGCCGUCAUUCUUUGUGCUGGAUAUUUCUGUUCAACAGCCUUUGCCCAUCCUCGGGGAGAUUGGACAAAACUCAUCAUAACUCGACAUUGGCCACAGACAUUUUGCAGUGUGGAACAAUGCACAACAAAUUUAAGCUAUUGGACUCUGCAUGGAUUAUGGCCCAACACUGGCAUGAGGUGCAAUACAUCCUGGCAUUUUAAUGUCAGUUUGAUCGAGGACUUAAUCCCAGAAAUGGAAAAAUACUGGCCAGAUCUGCUAGCACCUACUUCCCCCAAAUUUUGGCAAUAUGAAUGGACAAAGCAUGGAACCUGUGCUGCGAAAGCUGAUUCUCUGAACAGUCAACACAAAUACUUCAGCAAAGCUCUCGAGCUAAACCUCAAGUAUGACCUCAAUAGUGUUUUAAAGAACAACAACAUCGUCCCCUCUGAGGAGUACUACACACUGGAUCAGGUGGAGACAGCCAUUACCGGCUUUUUCGGAGUGAAGUCUAAGAUUCAGUGCGUCCAUUCAGGAAAGGUUCAGACUUUGGGCCAAAUAGAGCUCUGCGUCGACAGGGAUUUCCAGCUGAUCGAUUGCGAAAAGUCAAGCAAAGAAAUCUGGAGCAAUGACAUCCCCGCAGUGCUCGUCAGUAGCCAGUCAGAUCUCAGUGUGUGUGAUCACUCCGUGCCGGUCUAUUACCCUCCGGUGCCCAGCAGAUCAUAGAGGUGGGCAACCCCAGACCUCGUGUGGGAGGAGUGUGAAAUCACUGAGCAAGAGAGUUCAGACCAGGAUUCAUCCUGUAUUUGAAACACUGGAAACAGUGUGGAAAACUUUCCUGAUUACACUAUAUUUUUAAGCAAUUGCACAUUAUAUUCCUUUGUUGUUUUAAAUGAUGAUGCUGGAACAGUCUAGUGAAGAUUUAAGGGUGUCACAGCCUGCUGGAUUCUACUGGGGUCACUUUUUAUUGCAGGUUCUGUAGGUUUUACAGUUUACUGUUGCUGAACCAAACUGCUGUCAUUUUUCUCAUUUUUUUUUUUCCUGAUUACAUUUACCACAAAAUUGAAAGAAUGAAAUAAUAAAUUAAGCAUGUUAUUUUUUUAAAUGUUUUAAUAUUUUUUUUUAAUGUUACUUUUAUGACAUUUAGAGUCAUAAAUGGCCACUGUGCAUGUAGACAUUUUACUCCCCCCCGAUUCACAUUAUUCUAAAUUAUUCUCUUUUAAUAAUACAGUAUUUUUAUUAUAGUAAAAACCUUUUUUUUUGUAAGCUAAUGGCUCAAUUUCCAUGAAAGUAACCUACUGAUCUUAACAGAAAGUUAAAAUGUAUCUUUAUUAUUAAGCAAAAUGCAAGUCUUUUCUUUUGAUUCUAAUAUGAGUUAUGACCCAUCAUGUUUUCAACCCAUUCUCUGAUAUUCACUUCUUUUUAUAUUACAGACCUAGAGCUGUAUA